GAAAGGUCAUGCAAAAUAUAAAUGAAAAAAGAGAUCCUAACAUUUAUGAAGAUGUCACUGAAGGAUUCGUGACCAGUUUUCGAACAGAGAAAGGGUUAACCGGCAAGCCACCCACACACCCAGGGGCAACACCUCAGCCGGAACGGUGCAGCACAAGCACCCGCACCCCACACCUUCACCUGCAACUGUCUCUUGUUCUACCGGUCUCCCGCUCUCCUGUCAGACCUGUCACAACCGCCGACACGCUGACUGAUCGCCGGCACCGGCUCUCUGAACGGUAACGUGUCGCCGGGUACACACCGAACACGUGUGUCUGACGUCACGGCGGCACAGCCUCUUCAAGUGACGUCACGCAUGGAGGCCACCUACCCGACGACAGACUAGGUGACAAGUGGGUCGACGAGAAAUCAGUCCUCGUUAGAGGCUGAGGAACAGUGGAGGGAGAAGCGAUUGAAGGAACAGCUAACAAUCAAGCAUCAUGGCCUCCACAGCACAGUUCCUGGCACAGCCGUCACAUCUACACAACAACUCCACACACGCCCACUACAACGGCUUUUUGAAUGUCUCAUUAAUGAACAACCAGGAGACUGUACAGGAUGACGAUGCCGUCUCCGCGCGCACGGAUUCCAAUGCAUCGACGUUCGCUUCCGCCGCCCGCGCCACCCCGACCUUUGAACUUGUGCGAAAGCCCUCCGUGACCUCGCAGACAUUCCCGCUGUCGUCACAACACGAUUACAAGAUCGACAUCUACUCCGUCGGCGUCAUCAUGGAGAGCAAAAUCACUGGCACCCGAUUUGACCCGGAGCUUUUUCGGGUGGAGGCUGAGGCGCCGAGCGGCCGGGUAGUGCGCAUGACAGGACAUGGUCACUACGCCGCGCAGUUCACACCUGACGAGAUAGGUCGUUGGCGAGUGUCCAUGUUCUACGACAACCGCUUCAUGGACGGCUGUCCCAUCGACGUCUGCGACCCUUCUCAAGUGCGCGUGCGCGACCUUCGCGGUGGUCACGUGGGCAAACAACAGGCGUUCCACGUGGACUGCACGGGUGCGGGUGUGGGGACCUGGGUGUAGACAUUCACACACGCCGGCAAGCGGGUACCGGUGCACCUGACUGAGACAUCCACCCCCCGCCUUUUCAAGGUCGCCUACACCCCGUACGAUCCGGGUCCUUAUGAGGUCAACGUGCACUUUAAUCGUGCGGAGGUCAGAGAUUCCGACUUCCACUCCACAGACCCUGAGGAGAGGCAACGAAGGGCUGUCUUCAACACGAAAGUGGACUACCAGAGGAACGUAGUCAUGAUCAGCGCCAGCUGUGACUGGGAAAUAGACUACGUCACGGGAGGACCUUUUGUGGUGCACGUGACCGACUCAUCCGACAUCCUGGUGUAUGGGAUGAAGGACGGCACCGUGUGUAGCAGUCCAACGUUGAUAGCUGAUUGCACGAAAGUAGGAGACGGGACCGUGACAGCGGAUGUGACGUAUAAUGGUUUCCGUUUUCCAUGUAAAGUGCGUAAAGAUCGACCUUGUGUGUAUCACGUGAGCUUCAAACCACGAGGUCCGGGCACAUACAAAAUCUGGAUUUCUUAUGACGGAGUUCCGGUGAAAGGUUCUCCGUUCGUUCAGGAGAUCGCAGAGCUUGGACGUCCCGUUGCCCAUGGAGACGGUCUGUACCGCGGAGUCCCUGGACGACCCUUGACCUUCACAGUUGAUCCCAGAGGGAACCCAGGCCCUGUAACCGUUGAUAUUGAAGGUCCCUCUAAGGACGUCCCCUGUCACCUGCAGCCCAAGUCGGACGGCACCGUGGAGGCCACGUACACCCCGUUUGAGAGAGGACAGCACCGGGUGGAUGUGCGCGUGGAAGGCAAACCUGUUGAAGGAAGUCCAUUCCAGCCUCUCAUCGUUGACCCAGGAAGUGUACGUGUUUCCGGCGGCUGGCGCCUGGUGGACGACAAGGGUAUUAUUCCUCUGAGUGUCAACAAGGAAAAGCACCUGCCCUUUGACACGUCUGAUGCUGGACCAGGGGAACUAACUGCUGAAGUCAGGGGUCCACCGGGAAAAAUCCCGGUUACCAUCGAUGCCAGAAAUGACGGGAAGCACACAGUCGUCUUCACACCCAGGGAGGAAGGUAAACACUACAUCGAUGUGAAGUGGAGCGGCUUCCCUCUCACCAAUUCUCCCUUCGAGGGCUUCGCGACCUACGAACCAGAACCUCUCCUUGCUCCGGAACGCGAAAUUGUCUCCCUUAGACAAAUACCUCUCAGGAGCGGCCCGCAUCAGGAUCUGGCAGACAAGGACAUUAUUCCACUGAAGGUGGGGCAGCCGCGGGAACUUUCCUUCGACACCAGCCUGCAAGGACCAGGAAAACUAACAGGAACUGUUCGAGGUCCCACCCGGCAGAUUCCUGUGGCCGUUGACAGUCGAGUUGAAGGCAGACCAACACUAGUCUUCACGCCGGAAGAAGAAGGAAAGCACCUGAUUCAUGUCAACUGGAACAACACUCCCCUGGCCCAGUCCCCGUUCGUUGGCUUCGCCUCCCACGACCCUGAGCAGCCACCUCCAGUGUACCUGUCGGGGCUGGCUCCCACAAAUAAGCGGUCAUCUGGUGUGGACAAAGAUAUCAUCCCUCUCCAAGUCACCAAGAAAAACAACUUCCGUUUGACGCCACUACGGCUGGACCAGUGGAACGGAGUACCCAUACCCCAGUCUCCGUUAAUCGGGUAUGCCGCCCCAGCUCCCCAACAUGGCGCAUACCCAGGCGGAGUGGCACCUGUCUACCUGCUGGACCACACACCCAGGAACAAGCGAGCAUCUAAUGGCGAUGAAGACAUCAUCCCUCUUCAAGUUCAUCAGGAGAAGCAACUUCAUUUUGAUGCCACUAAGGCAGGACCAGGUCACAUGACUGCGACAGUCCGGGGUCCCACCAGACCCAUCCCCGCUGAAGUGCAUGACCGUGGUGAUGGCAAACCCACGCUACUCUUUACACCUGAGGAGAAAGGUAAACAUGAUAUACAUGUUAAGUGGAACGGGAUUCCUACAGUGCAGUCUCCAUUAAUCGGGUAUGCCACCCCAGCUCCUCAAAAUGGCGUUCGCCCAGGAGGAAUGGCACCUGUCUACCUGUUGGGUCACAUGCCAAGCAGUGAGUCGCCAACGGACACCAAGGACAUCAUUCCACUCAAGGUGCAGGAGGAGAAGGAGUUGCCCUUUGACACUAGCGCCGCGGGACCUGGUGUUCUAACGGCCGCAGUCAGGGGCCCGAGCAGACCGAUUCCAGUUAAUGUCAGAGACAGAGGAGAUGGCAAACCUAAAGUACAUUUCACACCUGAGGAGGAAGGUAAACACUACAUUGAUGUUAACUGGAAUGGGAACGGCCAGCCUGUAGAUGACAUCGACAUCAUUCCUCUCAAAGUCAACCAAGAGAAGCAGCUGCCGUUUGAUGCGACUGAUGCAGGCCCAGGAAAGCUGACCGCAGCUGUGAAGGGUCCGACACGAAACAUUCCUGUCCAUGUUGAUGACUUGAAAAAUGGACGGCCCACUCUUCGCUUCACACCGGAAGAGGAAGGUGAGCUGGGUAUCCUGGACAUUUUACUGGAGCGCAAGCAUCUUAUUGAUGUCAACUGGAAUAACGUGCCGGUGCCCAAAUCCCCUUUCGUGGGUUACGCUACCAGGGACCCGGAACUCAUAGUCCCAUCACUCACGCCACCUACCCUGAUGCUGGAAGGCUACCCCAAGUCUUUACAACAACAAUUUUUUAUGUAUUUAUUGGUAUUUCAACGUUCCUAUCACCACAGGUCUAGUCGGCCCUCGUCCAUUCGCUCGGAUCGGGAGCCACUAAAGGUCAUCCUCAGGGGUCGAGGCCUGAAGGAGGCUGAGGUGGACAAGCCGGCCGUGUUCCAUGUGGACGGCACUCAAGCAACUCCGGGUACACCACACGCACGGUUGGACGGCGUACGAACACAAAUACCUGUGACAACCUCACCUGAAGGGCCGCAGUUAUACAAGUGUACCUAUGUGCCAAAGGUACCGGGAGCCUAUCUACUCCACGUGACCUGGAAUGACCAUCCACUGCGAGGCUCGCCAUUUAAGGUCAAUGUCCGCGCGCCGGAGCAGCCGACCCUGGGUCGCGUCCACCGCCCGGAGACCGCCAAGCCAGGUAAGCUGGUCGUCACGUGCACGGACCCUAAAGGCAACCUGAUUCCCUGUCGUUUCCUUGACAACCUGGACGGCUCCAGCUCUUUGAAGAUGACACCCAACAUGCCAGGCCCACACAUCGUGGACAUUCAAUUCAACAAUCAGCACAUCAUGGGAAGUCCUUACAUCGUGGACAUCAAAGCUCCAGAACGACAUGGUCGGGUGCGGGUUUGGGGCCCAGGGAUAGAAAACGGGGUGCUGAACAACUUCCAGAGUAACUUCUGGGUAGACGCCACGGGUGCUGGAGCAGGCGAGCUGAGAGUGAGGCUCAUGGGACCGAAAGGUGCCUUCCACGUGAAGAUGCGCAAGGCCAGCCAGAAAGAGAAGCUCUACCAAUGCUUCUACGACCCUGUAGAGGCCGGCAUCUACACCAUCUACGUGCAGUGGUCCGCGCACGUGGACGGCUCGCCCUUCACUGUCCUGUUGGCCAACUCGGACCGCGAGCUGGACAUGAUGAGCGACAUCGACCGCGCCUCCUCUCGUGGUGGGGCCAAGAAAUCCAACUCACCACGUGACCCCGCUGUGCAUGACUUCCUGUACUGAGUCCUGGACUCACUCACCUUUUCACCAAACACUUUUUCCUGCAUUUACCGACCUGGUGGCGGCUGGGAAAAGCAGUUGUUUGAAAAUAUGCUCAAACGAAAAUGGCGAUGACAUCAAAAGGAGCAAUUAUUUACAAACAUACACUUCAGGAACAACAUUGUGUAAACAUGACUUUUUCAGAAACAUGUUAUAUCUUGUACUUAUGUAUACGUUUAUAAACAAUAGGUUCUGCAGAUGUCUACUCCAGAAACAACACCUUCCAGAGGUUUGUCUUCUCCAAGUACAACUAUUAGUCUACAGAUAUUUUUGCUUCAAUAAAACGUCUAAUGCUGUAGACGGUUUACUUCAAGAACAACUUUGUUUCGAAGAUAGACAAAGCAUUUUAUUGAGAAACACACUUUUCAGAAAAAAUAUCACAAACGAGCAUCUGGUGCUGAUGAACGUGCAUAAUUUUGUGUUUUCUCGAUGUAUCUUUGUUCUUGGUGAAUUUUGGCUUUUAUUUUGUACCUACCGCUUCGAGUAUAUAUUAAAAUAGUAUACAUAAA